AUGAUUUCUUUUUGCAAUCCUACUCAGAGCUCCGGAGGUGGUGAAUAUGGAUUUGAGGCAGACUGGUGGGCACUUGGAGUGCUUGUCUAUGAAAUGCUUUUUGCCGAGACACCGUUCUACUCCGAGACCUUGGUCAGUACGUACUCCAAGAUCAUGAGUCAUUCCCAAAGUCUUCACUUUCCCACUGAUGCUGGCGUCUCAGACGAAGUGAUUGACUUCAUGGGAGUACUUUUGACUGACGCCUCGGUUCGUCUCGGCUCUCGUCUUCCAGAGGAUGGUGCAGAUGUUCUUGAACAUCCCUGGUUUUCCCACGCUUGGGCAAAACUCCAUCGGCGACACUUUAUGUGGGGUACCGGGAAGCAGCAAAACACAGAUUCUUCCAUUCCUCCGAGUGGUGAUACAGAGAACGGACAGGACGUUAGGCCUAGAACCAACAAGCAAGAGGACGGUGAGUGA